UACAGGAAUUAGGAAAUACAAACCCUGCAGCGGCGGAUGUUGUUGGCGUGAUCAUCAGAUGUGGGCGGCUCUACGAUAUCGUUCUCUCAAUCUGCCGAAAUCGUCGGCUUCAUGGAAUGAGAGCUUCUCUUUUAUGUCCACUUUCGUGAGAACUAACGAAGGGUUAUUGAAUUUGCAAGAUGUGGAGAAGGUUCUGACUGAUGUGAGAGCAGACGACGUUAAGGUGAUACCGGUCGGAAAACAAUGUGAUUGGACGGAUUUCAUGGUGGUUGCCACUGGUAGGUCUACGUGGCACGUCAAGAACAUCGCUCAAGCUCUUAUUUACAAGGCUAAGCAAAAGCAGAAAGAAAUAGGAGCUCGGCGGUUAAUGCUACCUAGUGUCCAAGGGCAAGAGACGGGAAAAUGGGUUGUCAUUGAUUCUGGAAAAGUGAUUGUUCAUGCGCUUGAUGAGAAGGCCAGAGCUUAUUACAAUUUGGAAAAUCUUUGGACUAUGGAGACAUCUAGAGCAGAACCUGUUCAGGAUUUGGAAAAAGCUUUUGUGAAGGUUCGUCCUAAAAAUAAUUCGAAAAAACCAGCGCAGAUGCAGAGAAGUGUUUAGUUUGGUGAUAGGCUUUUGAGUUUUGCAAUUAUAAUUUUCUAAAUCAUCAAGCUUUUUGCUGUUUUACAUCAAUGUAAACAACAGAUUGUCAUCUGAUCGGUAUUCAGUAGCCUUUUUGAGGAGUUUGUAUCACAUAUUUGUGACUUUUUAUUACCCAUUUUCUGCUAUAUAUGGUAAAUCGCCGAAUCUCUGUCUCAAUUGAAAACGAUGACAUCUUCUUAUAAGUUCAUAUAUAUUUUUAUAUAUA